GAACAAGCUUAACUAUAGGUCAGUAUUAACACACCACUCAACAUGAACACAACAGUACCGAAUAAUUCUUUACCUUCCAACAAUCUUCGUAAAAUCACAAAACCUCCUGCCGUUCGAAUAGUCCCACCCCUCAACUUUUGUCCAGUUGAACAACAACUUUAUCGAUCGGGUCAACCAUCAAUCAUAAAUCAAGCAUUCCUUAACCAACUUAACUUACGCACAAUUAUCUGGCUAGCAUCAGAAGAACCAAGUGACGAGUUUUUAGAAUACUGUAAUUCCCAUCUGAUAAAUAUCGAGUUUGUCAGUAUGGUGGAUGACGAUUUCGACAAGCAUAUGAAUCCCUGGGAUUCCUUGAAUGAGCCCACCAUUAAACGUGCGCUCGAAUUGAUCGUCAAUAAAGAGAAUUAUCCAUGCUUAGUGUGUUGUGGGAUGGGGAGACAUCGUACUGGAACUGUGAUUGGGUGUUUGCGAAGAAUACAAGGUUGGAACUUGGCUAGUGUAAGUGAGGAAUAUCGUAGAUUUACAGGAUCUAGAGGAGGGAGAAUUUUGGUGGAAUUAUUGAUUGAAGGGUUUGAUAUAUCAUCGGUGCAUAUUGAUAAAGAUAAAGUUCCUGAAUGGUUGAAGUAGGCCCUGAUUAUUGUCUGUGUUGAACAUUUAGCUGGACGAAUCCCAAUCAUGCUGGAACCGAUCAAACCGAAAAAUAGGGAACAGAAGUUAAUUAGUGUGUAACUUCCAAUCUUUUGUUAAGUAAUUUAUUUGUGGGUGUUGAACUGGUCAUUAUUGCAUUGUAAAAGCAGCUGGAGUGUAACUACUACUUUUUACAAACAUACAAUUCUGUCUCGAUUAGUUCAAAUUGAUAUAAUUACAGCUAGCCAGUGAUGAUACCAGUGAUUGAAUCACCAAGCUACUUUUCUCGGAAUAGAAAUAGGGUGAAUCAAUGUGUUUGUUGGUAUAUUCAGGACCGAGUUAUGAAUUCCAUUUAGUAAGAGUAUGCGCUAUAUAUGCCCCUCAAAAUAAGCUUAUUAGUAUCUAUAUAGAUUCAUACUUGUAUAAGUAUUAUAUUUUGAAAAGCUUUUGUAAUACACAUGGUUCAAGGCACAUUUGAUACUUCUUACCAAGUAGAUGCCUUGACUCAUUAAUGUAAAAGAGAAGACCUUGAUUAUAAUUUAGGAGAUAUUUGCAACCGAACAACCCGAGCAAGUAAGAAAACCUAAACUUUGAGUACCAGCAAAGGUUUUAUAUCAAACAGUAUUCAAAGAUAGUAUUAAGACAAGCUAAAGUUAAGAAUUUAAUAUUGGGAAUUUCUUAGCAGAAAUUAUCCUUACCCUCUCCGUUUAGUACAGAUUUAGACAAUAUUUACCGCCAUAAUUGGGCUCUCCUAUGAGCAUUUCCUUCUC